UUGUUAGAGUAUCGACACUCCCAUCCAACUCUACCUUCUGCGCCGAACCGAGAGAGCAUCUGCAAGUUGCAUGGUCCUUCCAACUCUACUCUGCGCCUUCUCAACACACCCAAUUCCCUUUUCAAAACCCUAAUUUCUUCACACAAUUUCAAUUUUGGUUCUUCAAGAAAAACCAAACAUUCAUUCCUGUACAUACGAUUUUGUCUUCUUUGUUCGGUUGUUCCUUUUCAUCUAAAGUUAUGACUUUGUGAUACCCAUUUGUAAGAAAACUAGUUAUCUUGCUUCAAAAUUUGAUUUUGACUAGGUGGGUAUUCUGUUCUGUUAUGAUUUUGAUUUUCUGGUGAUGGCACUUGAAUCAUGGGUUCUGGGUCACAAAGUGUUCAGUUCCGGGUCCAGAUUGCUUCACCCUGCGCAUGAGAAUCGGCCUAGGAGAAUGCCAAUCAAGGUUUUGGGUAGGAACAGUAGAUACCCAUUUCCUGUUGUGUCUAAUUUUGUUAGCCCCUCCAGUUUUUCAAGCUUUCAGGUUUCAAGUUAUGGAGUAGAAGCUGCAGUAGGUACCACUACCAGGUUACUUGGUAGAGCUCGGUUGAGGUGCUUAGGUAGUAGCACUAGCACUAGCAGUGAUUGUUUGCAUCAUGAGAAGAAUGGUGGUUCAAAUGGCAAUUUGAAAUUUAUACAGGAGUUGUUGUUGAAGAGGGGAGUUAUUUUGGCUGCAACUGUUUGUGGGGUGCUGGUGUUUGCGUGUCCGCGAGUUUUGGCUAUUGAAGGUGUGGUCAAUGCAGGUUAUGGUGUAAUUGGGCAGAGUAUACUUUUGCUCAGGAAUACAUGGCCUACAGUGUUGCAAAUUCUUCGUUUAUUUAAGGAGCAAGGGCUGAUAUUGGCAGUGCUUUUGGGACUUUCAGCUUUUUUCUCAAUGGCAGAGACUUCAAUUACCACACUUUGGCCUUGGAAGGUUCGUGAAUUGGCUGAAAAGGAGUCUGAAAAUGGUGUCUUCAGACUGCUCCGAAGUGAUGUUACUCGAUUCCUUACGACUAUACUCAUUGGCACAACUGUGGUCAAUAUUGGGGCAACUGCUCUGGUCACAGAAGCUGCAACUGCAAUAUUUGGUGAAGCUGGUGUUAGUGCAGCAACAGGAGUGAUGACGGUUGUCAUUUUGCUUCUCACGGAAAUUACUCCAAAAAGUAUAGCGGUUCAUAAUGCCACUGAGGUGGCUCGAUUUGUGGUCAGGCCAGUGGCAUGGCUUUCCCUGGUUUUGUAUCCUGUAGGGAGAAUUGUUACUUAUCUUUCAAUGGGGAUGCUGAAAUUGCUUGGCUUAAAGGGAAGAAGUGAGCCAUAUGUAACUGAAGAGGAGCUUAAAUUGAUGCUAAGGGGUGCAGAAUUAAGUGGGGCAAUAGAGGAAGAAGAACAGGAUAUGAUUGAAAAUGUGUUGGAGAUAAAAGAUACACAUGUCAGAGAGGUUAUGACACCUCUUGUUGAUGUUGUUGCAAUUGAUGCCAGUUCAAGCCUUGUAGAUUUUCAUCACUUGUGGGUCACACAUCAAUAUUCAAGGGUACCUGUUUUUGAGCAACGCGUUGAUAAUAUAAUGGGUAUAGCAUAUGCAAUGGAUCUGCUUGAUUAUGUUCAGAAGGGCGAGUUGCUAGAAAGUACAACAGUUGGAGAUAUGGCUCACAAGCCUGCAUAUUUUGUACCUGAUUCAAUGUCUGUUUGGAAUCUUCUUAGAGAGUUCCGAAUCAGGAAGGUUCACAUGGCUGUCGUUCUUAAUGAAUACGGUGGAACUGUGGGAGUUGUAACUCUUGAAGAUGUUGUGGAGGAAAUUGUUGGUGAAAUCUUUGAUGAAAAUGACUCAAAGGAGGAGAUUCAGAAAAAGACCGGCUACGUAGUAAUGCGAGCAGAGGGUAUAUUUGACGUGGAUGCGAACACAUCCAUUGAUCAGCUCUCUGAUGAUUUGAACAUCAAGAUGCCAGAGGGUAUUCAAUAUGAGACAGUAUCAGGCUUUGUGUGUGAAGCAUUUGGAUACAUCCCAAGGACAGGCGAGUCCAUCAAAGUUGUACUUGAAAGGGAAGAUGAAGAUGAUAACGAAGAAUCUGAUGCUGACCGCCAGGAUCAGAAAGAGAAGAACCAGAUUUUCAAACUUGAGAUACUAGCAGGAAAUGCCAGAAAAGUGAGCGCUGUUCGGUUUGAAAGGGUAAAUAAUGGGGAUGAAAUGUCGGAGACUAAAGAAGUCACUCGCUUGGUCCCGAAAAUCAUGAAAAGAAGAAAAUGGAGCAGUGAUGAGGACUCAGAGGAUGAUGCAGAAUAUGAUGGAGAAGCUGCAUUGGCAAAGAGACUACAUGAUGAUGCAAUUUCUAGUGAAUUUGUAGUUGAUCAGGAAAGUUCUCAUACAAAAAGUUGAGUUGUUUCUUUCUUCAUUUUUUUUUCUCCUUUCUUUCUCUCUGUUUGGCAUGCUUUUGUGCCAUUUUUUUGCCACAACAUAUAAAAUGGCAAAAUUGAGAUACGUGUACAAAAUGAGGACCAGUCAGUUAACAUGUAGAACCUUUCAAACAAAAAGGCUUCUAUGUCGAUGAAAGUCUUCUAGCGUGUUUGGUUGUGCAGCAGAAAGCCACAUAAUCACUUAUGAGAAGAAGUUACAAAGUGUAGCUUCUUGACUCAUCGUGAUUUGGUCUUCACCAGUCCAAACAUGCUAGAAGGGUUGUGAAAUUGUAAUAAAGAUCGCAGUGAUUUGAUUUUUUUUGCA